AUGUUCACGGGCGACUGGAAGACGCAGUCGCGGGUGUCCUUAGCAGGCCGCGGUGGUGUGGCGGAGACCAGGGAGCAGCUGCUGCAGCGCAACAGGCUCGAACGCGAGCAGCGGCACCGCAAUCGACGUGAGGCUGCAGCGGCAUCCACGAUUCAACGUCACUGGAAGGCGUAUCUCGCGUGGUCGAACGCCGCACGCGAGCUCGCGAGGCGCUGGACGGUCGACGAUGCCUCCUGCCGGCCCUCCGGACCCUCCGGGGCGUCCGAGCUGGCCUUCGCGUGCCGCCCCGACGUCUCCACGGACCUCGCGCACCUCAUCUCCUUCAGCUGCGCGGUCCUCACCUCAGCGCCGGCCGCUGGGACCCCGCUCGCCAUCUGCGUCGUCGGUGCGCCGCAACACACGACCCCGACGCACCAGGGCGCACGCGCGGCGCGCCUCGCGCUGCUCCUGAUCCGCUCCCUCCAGCACGCCACCUUCCGCGGCCGCCCGCUGCUCGCCGCGCCGCUCCGCGACGUCGUCACGGCUGAAAUCGACUCCGGCGACGACAACACGAACAGCGCGGCUCUCGUCAAGCUGCUGCUCUCGCUGCUGUCCGCCGACACCUGGCGCGCAGCGCUGGGCCCGGACCGCGCCCCCGCCGUCUGCGCGGCGCUCUCCGCGGGCCUCCGGGACGGCCCGUGGCGAAUCCGAUCCUUAUGCAGACUUGGCGCGGCAGCGGAGGAGCUGCGAGGCGCCGUGACGGCCGCUGCGCCGCCAGACGGGCUCCUCGCGGGCGCGCUGAAGGGCACGGUCGGCGAGGCCGUUCUGCUGCACACGCUCUCGCGGAGCUACCCGCAGGGGGUUGUUUUGGGGACUCCCCCGCAGUCCGACGCCAUGGACGUCGACGGGGGGGGGUCUCGCACGCAGGGCGCGCCGGGGACGCGCACCCGAACGAUCCUGCGGCUCAUGUCCGCCCCGGGCGUCGUCGCCGCGGCGCCGGCGCUUCGCGCGAUGCCAUCUCUGCUUCAGCGGCUGCUGCCGGCGACACUGGCGGCGCUGCACUCGUACGCCGUGGCGAGCGCGACGGAGGCCGUGGAGAUCGCCGCGAACCUCUCGCGCUGCGUCGAGUACCUCGCCGCGGCCGACAGGCGCGCGGACGAGCCCUCGAGCGCCCUGCAGCUCCUCGCGGCGCCGUUCUGUCAGACUCUGUCAGGUCUCCUCGAGUCAGGCCUCCCGUCCGACUCCGCCGCGACGUCCGCGCGCGCCGGCGCGCUCGAUCACGCCGCCGCCGCCGCGUGGCAGCGCGCCCUCGCCGCCGUCGUCAACGGCACUGUCCUGCCGUGGCUCGUCGCGGCAGCGGCGCGCCCCGCGGACACCGCCGGCGCGGCCGCCGACCCCGCGCCGGUCCAGGCGAUGUGCGCCCUCGUCCUCCAGAUCCUCGCCGCGCCCGCGCUGCGCGAGCCCGCCCUGCGCGAGCUCGCAUUUCACCCCGGGUUCCUGCCUCGACUCUGGACCCACCACCUGCGCCACAUCCAGUCUGACGCGACGUACGCGGCGGCCUGCGGCGCCGGGGAGCCGUGCGUCGCGCGGCGGGACCCCGGGUGGAUGCUGCCGCUCGCGGCGUUCGCGCCGGCAUUGGCACUCAACAUGCAGGUCCUAGGGACAUCGGAAAUGUACACGCACCAGCGCCCGCUGCGGCUCGCGGAGCUGUACGAGGCGGGGCGCGGGGGCGCCGCCGUGGGGCUCGUGCCGCUGCUACGGGAGGCGCUGAUGCACGUGUUGUGGCGGGAGGCCCCGACAACGGUCAGCUCACUCCCCCCCCCCGCCGCGGAGGUGCGCGCAGCCGUCCGCGACGGGUGCGGCGGCCUGCUCUGGCAGCUCUACCUCCGCAACCUCCGCCAGCCGUUCGCGCCCGCCACCGCCUUCCACGCCCCGGAAGUGUCCGGCGACGGCUUCGCACGCGAAGCGGAGGCGGCCGCCGUCGCCGUCGAGGCCGCCAGCGGCCCCGCCGUGGACGACGCGUCCAGCAGCGACGACGACGACGACGACGACGCGUCCGCGAUGCCCCUCGGCGCCACCGCGGGCCACCGUCGCCGCAUGCGCCCGGUCGCCGGCAGCGGCGACGACCGCGGCCGCGGGGGCCGCAGCCGGGCGUGGCAGCUGCUCAAGCACGCGCCCUACCUGGUCCCGUUCGUCGAUCGCGCGCGCGUGUUCCAGGCCGUCGUCGCGAGCGACCGCAGCCGGCCCCGCGCGCGGCAGCCCGAGGCGCUCCCGCUCGUGCCGGGGGACCUCGGCGGGUCCCGGAGCUUCCUGCGCAUUCGACGUGGGCACGUGGUCGAGGACGGGUACGCUGCGAUGAACGCGCUCGGCGACGCGCUGAAGUCGCGGGUGCGCGUGCAGUUCUUCGACCAGUUCGGGGCCGCGGAGGCCGGCGUUGACGGCGGGGGGCUGUUCAAGGACUUCCUGGAGGAGCUGGUGAAGGAGGCGUUCGAUCCGCAGGCGGGGCUGUUCACGAGCAACGCGAACCAGGAGCUAUACCCGUCGCCUGACUCGGCCGACAACGUACCGGACGGCGACGACCUGCGGCUGCUCGAGUUCGUCGGGCGCAUGGUCGGCAAGGCCGUGCACGACGGCAUCCUGCUCGAGCUGCCGCUCGCACCGUUCUUCCUCAAGAAGCUCACGCGCGUGGCGUGCGACGUGGACGACCUCGACUCCCUGGACCCCGAGCUCUCGAAGAACCUGGCCUUCCUGCGCACCUGGGUCGCCGAGGGGAAGGACGUCGCGGACCUGUCGCUGACGUUCGCGGUCGAGGGGCGCCGCGGGCUCGUGCCGCUGCGCCCCGGGGGCGCCACCGUCAGCGUCGGGAACGGGAACGUGAUGCAGUACAUCCACCUCGUGGCGCAUUACAAGCUGAACCGGCAGAUCGCGCCGCAGUGCGCCGCCUUCAUCCGCGGGUUCAACCAGCUCAUCAAGCCGCAGUGGAUCCGCGUGUUCGCCCCCGAGGAGAUCCAGACGCUCAUCGGCGGCUCCCUCGAGGCCAUCGACCUAGCAGACAUGCGCGCCCACGUGGAGUAUCAUUCGGGCUACGCCAACGGACACCCCGUGAUCGAGCGCUUCUGGCGCGUCGUGGCCGCGAUGACCCCGCAGGACCAGGCCGCGCUGCUGCGCUUCGUCACCAGUUGCUCGCGGCCGCCGCUCCUGGGCUUUUCGCAGCUGGAACCGAAGAUCGGCAUCGCCAUGGCGGGGGGGGUCCGGGACAAGGCGUCGCACAAGCGGCUGCCCACGGCCGCGACGUGCAUGAACCUGCUCAAGCUGCCGCCGUACCAGUCGGACCAGGUCAUGCGCGACAAGCUGCUGUACGCCAUCAAUAGCGGCGCCGGGUUCGAUCUCAGCUGA